AUGACCUUCCCUCCCCCUCACCCUUCCGCCCAAUCGUCGAUUGCUUCUGGCACCGAUAAAACUUCUUCGACCAGGACCGAUAUUGGUGCCUGGGGCCGGUCCUCUUCUCAGUCUGGGACUCGUCGUGGAUUGACUCCUCUCGCCACAAAUCUUGCUUCAUCUACAGCUCCGCCCGCUUCUGCCCGGGGGUUGGACGCAGGUCCGGGGGCAUCAACUCCUUCCUCGUUCUCCGCUGUGCUGAGCGCUUCCAGAGGUCUAUUCGGGGGAAGCCCAAAGCCCACCUCCUCCGCUUUCACUUCGCUGCAGUCGGGCUCACAGCAGCAAGCUCAAUCUGUCGCUUCACCCAAAUUCCGUGCCCACACACCUUCAGGCUCCCACUUUUCUGCCACCACAGGUUCCGUAACAGCCAGCGGAGGAACCGGACCCGGCGGUGGUCUAGGAUCUUCUAGAAGUGCUGCGUUCUCACCUUUGUCGUCCGGCACAACCGUCAAUUCUCCCACAGGCUUCGCUUCGGAUAAGGCAGGCUCAUCAGCCGCGCACUCGAGCCAAUCUUCUCUCACGAAGAUUUCGAUCGCUCAGGUCUUCCUCCUGCUGGACUCAAUAUCAGAGAAAGAAGGCAAAGAGAAGUGGGAAACCAAAGCUGCUCAAAUUCACAAACUUGUCUCGUCGAACGGAAUGGAGGCCUUUUCGAAGUACUUCCGCCGUCUGUUGACUGGCAAUGCCCCGCAGAUCUUCCCUGGCGUAAACAAGUCUGUCGAGAAUGCAAGCAAUUAUCCGCUCUUGGUGCAGGAAAUGCAGAAAGUUGCCCUGGAUAUCGAGCAAGCUCAGAAAAUUGCCGAGACCGUAGACACCUCAGAGGGCGAUAUCUUCCGCGACUUUGACCUGUCCACAUUUUUGGACCAUUUCCGCCUCGACCCUGUGGUGAAAGUCUCACUAGCGUUGGCCUUCAAGCUGACGAGCAAAUCCGACCUUCGAGCCAAAGCUGAUGCAAUCCUCUCAAACUCCCUCACGCCCUUCCUCUCUAGCUUGGCGAAUCCUUCAGAUGCGACCAAGGAUUUCCCGCACUCUUUCCUCGGAAUGACCAUCGAGCGGUUCAUCCUCUAUCCUCCUCGAAACUUCACCAACGAAAUCAAGGCCAAGCUAGUAUAUGCUACCAAUUUGAGGUUUCAAAAGCUCGCCUUGGAUAUGCCUUUCGAAGUUUCUUCAGCAUUGCAGAUGUUCCUCUUUGUUGACCCUGAUUAUGUCCUGGUGCGACAGCUUCAUGCGAAGGGCCCUCGCGCGUCAGCUAGCACAGAGCUGCUGAUAGACCUUAUCAAUGCCACGGGUCAGGAUAGUUGGAACGAGCAGAACUUCGCUAGUGCUAUGCUUUUCAUGGUUCUGUCGCAGUACUGGCAGCAAUUCUCACUUGAAAAUCUUUUCAGUGCCUAUAUUGGAAAAUCACCUAAUUGGGAAUUGGUUCUUCGGAACUUUGACCGUGAGGGGUUGCGAUUGGACCCAAAGCAGUUUUCCAAGCUCUUCGACCUACUGGCUACGGCUGCCGCAAAGAACUCAUCCUUGGACUUGCAGAAGCUGUUUGGCGGAGACUGGGAACAUCGGGACGCGCAAAUGUCUCUUUUGACUUCCUUCAUUGUUUCGCGCGCGGACCCGUCACUCAUACCCAAUUUACGCCCUGCGUUCCCCGAAGAUUUCUUUGAGAGUAGCUCAGAGACCGUCAAGGCGCUUUCUGAACGCGCUGCCAAGUCGCCGCUUCGAUGCUUGGACGCAAUCAAGGCAAUCUUUGAUGUUGCUUUGUUCUCACAGUCUUCGUGGGCUGCGGCAGAGAGCCAGCUUCUCAUCAAGGCUGUGGUUCAAUUUGACCUUCCCAUCUUCCUGAUUUCGGCUCUUGCUAUGAAACAGCCUUGGACUGAUGUUCAAACCACCUUCGUCGUUCGUACCUUUGUCGUUUUUCUUGGAAAGCAAGAAGAGGGUUACCAGCUCGCGCUUGAUGGGGCGUGGCGUCAGGAUAGGCAAUGGGUUGCAGCGAAGCUUUUUGAAGCUUUCACUCAAGAUCCUACAACCACGGCAAUGAUCUAUGAGCAUGCGGUUGAGUAUGGAUGGCUCGAAUAUCUCCUUACAUUCUCAAAUGGAUUGGCUCUCGAUCUGGCCUGCUACUGCCACCGAAAGAACAAUCUUGACCUUGAGCACUGGGUUCGCAACGCCGCCCAGAAGGGCCACCACGUGAAUAUGGGUGAUCUUCUUUCGAAGUUCCUUCGGAUCAAAGCCGAAGAUGAGCUUCACGUGCAGAGAAAAGAGCAGCCGGCCCCACAGAUGGUCAGCCUCUCUGUGAAGACUGUCUACACGCUACUAUCCGUCCUGGAGGAAUAUGUCGGAGAUCGCGAGAACUUGACCCCUGUUCAACGGAUCUGCAUCCAGACCUACCCAAGAUUGAUCAAUUAUGGGGAAGGCUUUGAUGAUAUAAUCGAUGCGAAUGGCGAAUCUGGCAAUUCCCUCCCAGAGGCGAUCGACAAGCAGAUGCAAGAACUCUUCGGCAAGAUGUACCACGAAGAGCUUUCAUUGCGCGAGAUGCUGGAACUCAUGCGCCAGUAUAAAUCGUCGCGUAACCCCACCGAGCAAGAUCUCUUUGCCUGCAUGGUGCAUGGCUUGAUUGAUGAAUACCAUUGCUACCAUGAGUAUCCACUCGAGGCAUUGACCAAAACAGCUGUCAUGUUCGGUGGUAUCAUUAACUUCAGACUCGUGGAUGGGAUAACACUCAAAGUUGGCCUUGGCAUGAUUCUCGAGGCUGUCCGGGAGCAUGAAGUGCACGAUCCGAUGUUCAAGUUUGGCGUAGAAGCCAUCGAGCAAUUGAUCAACCGACUGAGCGAGUGGGCUGGGUUCUGUCAUCUUCUCCUGCAAAUUCCAACCCUUCAAGGAACCCCCAUUUUCCAAAAGGCUGAAGAGGUCCUGCGUGAACAAGGCUCACAGCCUGGGGAUAGUGAAAGGCUCGAUGAGUUCGGUUCCACGAAUUUACCAAACGGCAACAAUGACGAGUUGUCGGUGCCUGAUGGUAGCAUGAGGAAGUUCCGCUCAAUCUCAAUCGACCCCCCACUGCGCUCAGAGAUUUAUCGGGAUCCUGAUGAAGACAUUCAGGACAAGAUUCUGUUUGUUUUGAAUAACGUCUCCGAGCAGAAUAUCGACGAAAAGCUUCGAGAUCUGCGUGACGUCCUUCGAGACCACCAUCAUCAGUGGUUUGCCGCGUAUCUCGUGGAGGAGCGGGCAAAGUUGCAGCCGAACUUCCAGCAACUCUACCUCGAUCUUUUGGAUAGAAUUGGUGAUCGUAUUCUUUGGGCCGAGGUUCUGAGGGAGACCUACGUCAGCCUUUCUCGGCUUCUGAACUCUGAAGCUACCAUGACCUCUUCCACUGAUCGAAGCCAUCUGAAGAACCUUGGAGCCUGGCUGGGGUCGCUGACGAUUGCGAAGGACAAACCCAUUAAGCACAAGAAUGUCUACUUCAAAGGCCUUCUUCUUGAAGGAUAUGAUACGCAGCGCUUGAUGGUCACGAUCCCGUUCACCUGCAAGGUCCUCGUGCAAGCGACAAAGUCCAAGGUCUUCAGGCCCCCAAAUCCUUGGUUGAUGGAUAUACUGGGUCUUCUUUUGGAAUUAUAUCACUUUGCAGAGCUCAAACUGAACUUGAAGUUUGAAAUCGAAGUCCUUUGCAAGGAUCUCGACCUCGACCACAAGACUAUUGCGCCUGCUAUCAUUAUUCGUGAUCGCAGCGCCCACGUUAGUGAUGAAGGCGUGAUUCCCGCCCCGGCCGGUAUCGCAGAUGGACUUGAGCCCUUCAAUGAUUUAUCCAUCGGUCCUCUCAGUCAAGGACUUCAAAAUGAACUGGAACGUGCCAUUGCCGAGAUCAUCACACCAGUUGUGGAACGAUCAGUCACCAUCGCUUCCAUUUCAACCGUUCAGCUGGUAUCCAAAGACUUUGCCACAGAGCCCGACGAGGAGAAGGUCCGCCAGGCUGCUGGUAUCAUGGUUCGACAGCUGGCUGGGAGUCUUGCCCUUGUCACCUGCAAAGAGCCGCUAAAGGUCAGCAUGACAAAUUACAUUCGCGUGAUGCAGCAGGAAUACUCUGACCAGCCAAUGCCCGAGGGCCUCGUUCUCAUGUGCGUGAACGACAACUUGGAUGCUGCAUGCGGUAUCGUGGAGAAGGCCGCCGAAGAAAAGUCAUUGCCGGAAAUCGAGAAAGUUAUUGAGCCACAACUUGAGGCCCGCCGUCGUCACCUUGCCACCCGACCCAAUGAACCUUUCUUGGACCCGUCCAUGAACAGGUGGGGUCUCUUCAUUCCAGAACCAUACCGUCAAAUGCCAGGAGGAUUGAACAAAGAACAACUCGCGAUCUACGAGGAAUUCGCGCGUCAGUCUCGUGGACCAGUUCCUGCUCAUCCCCAAAACGUGUCCGCGGAUUCUGGCCGCCAAAUUCCAGAUGUGCUUCAAGAGGCGUUCCCGCCCCCAAUCCCCAAUCUUUCGACACCAGCCGAGCAACCAGCUGUUCCUCACCGAACUCCACAGGCUCAGAAUGCUGUGACCCAAAUGGGUCUCCCUUCGAAUGGGUUCCUCGAGGCUCAGAGCCCCCGCGAACGUGUGGAUGCUAUGAUUUCCGAGCUGCAGAUGUCCUGCAGGAAUGCCUCUGAGCAGCACGUCAAAGACCUUGGCCGUGACAGCACUGUACUUCAGGAAUACAACCAGAUUUUGCGUGCUAUUCUCACCUCACCAAAUGGAGAGGAGCUUGCUCGUCUGACCUCGCUGAAGAUCUGCACUACCCUGUACUCUCAAUCUUCUAGCUCGUUGGAAAUUGAAGUGCUUGUUCACUUGCUCGCCAAGCUGGGUGAUAUGUCGACUUUGAUUUCAAGAUACACUUGGGCAUUGCUUUCGGAGGUUGAUGAUGAGCACAUGUUCAACAUUCCCGUGACCGUUGCUCUCAUUGAUGCCGGCCUCAUGGAUAUCCGCCGAGUUGACAUGGUCAUAAAUCGUCUAAUCCUGCAGAAGAAUAUCAACGCCAUUGAACUACUUGACAACCUGAUGAGUCGCCUGCUGUUCAAUGAUGAGCCCACUGCGCUGCGAUCUGACUUCGCUGGAAGUCUCGAGGCAAUCAGCCAAUGGCUGGCUGAGGAUGGGAACGUUGCCCCCGCCCUUGAUAUUGUUCGCAAACUUCGCGAUGCUGGUAUCCCUGAAGUGGUCACUCCGUUGCUCACAGACCAGGCUCGAUCCAAGCGUGACCAGAUGGAGUACAUUUUCAGUGAAUGGAUUGGUGUCUACCGGGGGUCAAACGCUAGCGAGCGUACUUACUUGUCCUUCCUCCAGGACAUGCACAACCGCCAAGUGAUGAAUACUCAAGAAGACUCGGUCCUUUUCUUCCGCCUCAGCAUUGAUAUUUCGGUCGUUAUGUUUGAGAACGAGUCUCAGAACCCCAACGGAAGUCUUGACGAGGCUUUCCUCUACAUUGAUGCUCUUGCGAAGCUCGUUGUCCUUCUCAUCAAGUAUCAAGGCGAAGCUACUGGUGCUGUUAGGGCUGACAAACCGUCCUACUUCAACUCCAUCCUCUCCGCACUAAUCUUAGUGCUAAAUAAUCAUCAUGUUAUGAGAGGCGAAGGUUUCAAUCAGCGGGUUUUCUUCCGCUUGUUCUCCACCAUUCUUUGCGAGUACUCGAUCGCAGGCCUUCAAGAUCAUGAGCAGCACCAGGGCAUGAUCUUUGCCCUUGCCAACAAGUUCCUUAGCCUUCAGCCACUCUUUGUGCCUGGCUUUGUUUACGGAUGGCUUUCUUUGAUCUCUCAUCGGGUGUUCAUGUCUGACAUGCUGAACAUGCCAGACCGCAAGGGAUGGGCUCCUUAUUGCGAGAUCAUGCAAGCGCUUCUCUCCUACAUCGGCGAGCAGCUCAAAGCUGCCGAGAUUCACUAUGUUGCCAAAGAUCUUUACAAGGGUGUUCUCCGCAUUCUGUUGAUUCUUCACCACGACUUCCCCGAGUUCGUUGCGGAAAACCACUUUGAGUUUUGCAAUGUGAUCCCGGCGCAUUGCGCACAGCUUCGCAAUCUGGUCCUCAGCGCCUACCCAUCCUCCUUCCAGAAGCUUCCGGAUCCCUUCCGCGAAGGCUUGAAGGUCGAGCGGCUCGAAGAGAUGCGAGAGAUCCCCAGGAUUGCUGGCGACAUCAUUUCGCCUUUGCAGAGUGUUGACAUCAAGCACGUCAUUGACGAUGCUCUUCAAAGUGACAGCAUUUCUGAUGUCGCCGUGCAGCGGAUUUGCGAUGCUGUUCUCGUGGCUGAGCCGAAGGAGACUGCGCUCUUCUAUGUUCCCAUCAACGUGGAUGUCGUUCUCAUCAACGCGAUGACUCUGUACAUCGGUCAGCAGGGCGUCGAGCAGCACGCUAUGAAAAGCAACGCGCGCCACGCUUUUGAGACUUCAGCCCACGCUGCACUCUUGGAGAAGAUUGCUCAAGUGAUGCAGCCCGAGGGUCGCUAUUAUUUGCUGAGUGCGAUGGCCAACCAGCUUCGAUACCCCAAUAGCCACACAUACUUCUUCACCCUCACAAUCCUGCGCUUGUUUGGAGUGGACUUCUCCGACUCUGAUGACUCCGCGAUCCGACAGCAGAUUAUCCGUGUGCUUUUAGAGCGAUUGAUCGUCCAUCGUCCCCACCCAUGGGGCCUCAUCAUCACUCUGCAGGAGCUUCUCCAAAACCGAAGCUACUCUUUCUUCCGCCUCCCCUUCAUUCAGGCGGCCCCCGAGAUCGGUCGCCUUUUUGAUGCUCUUCUCCAGCACAUCCAGCAGCAAAGCCCCCGUCCUGUCGCCUAG